UAACAGAAACAGGUUUAACUGUAACUUACUCUGAUGGCAACAAGUCAAAUCAUCCCGAUACGAAUCAAAAACCUUACGAAAAUGGUGCCAUUUUCUUCUAUAAGAUAGUUGCCAAAGAUGAACAUAAAGCUACUCUAUAUGCUGCAAAACUCGGUAAUACACUCGGUAAUGCGUUGGAAGCACAAGGAAUCAAAGUUCCAAAUGCUAUUUUAAAUGAUUUACCUGACGGUUAUGCGUUAUAUGAACACGUUAAACAAUAUCCACCAGACGAAUUGGGUAAUGCUAAACCCACAAGAAAAGACACAUAUUUGUUUGGUAAUGGUUCAAAAUACCGUUCGCCUGCCGAAUUUGAAGAACAUCUCUUAUGGUUAGCUUCAGAUAAGACUUCUUCCUGUAAAUGUAGAUACUGUGAUAAAGAAUGGAAUCUAGGCCUGAAUGCGGGCUCAACUCCGCGCAGAAACAAUGAAUUAGAUCCUUACCUUAAAAAGACAAUUAAAUCAAAUGUACUUCAGAAUGAAACUUUAAACUUGACAUCAACAUCUAACUUAAAAGUACAUAAAGUCGAAACUACAACAAAAACAUCUUUAAUACAAGAGAAAAAUCCUAAAAAGUUAGAGAAAUUCAUUAGUAUGUAUCGUUGCGAAGAAAUUGUUUGGGGCGAAAUAGAAUAUUUAUUGAGUUCAAGUCAAUAUGAGUCCCUAUUUGAAGAGGUCGGAGGUGAUCAAAUAAAGUACUGGCCAGCAUUGGUUCAUCAACGAUUAAAGGAAUCAAAUGAUAGUGGAUUUGAAAUAUUAUAUGCCUUGAAGCCAUUGAUCCAAAUUUAUUUACUAAAGAAUACGAAACGUGGUGAGUUGGCCAGUGCUUACCUUAAAGCUAUUAAACGGGCAAAAGAGGUUGCUUCAGUAUUCACCGUAUCACAGCAAUAUAAGUAUACUAUAGAACAUUCAUUCUUCGCAAAAAUUGAGAGUGCGAGUGAAAAGAGAUUAUUACAGCAAAUGGUAACAUAUCCACAUUACAGAAAACUUUUAUUAGGCACCGAAGUAUUGAGGGAAGAUGAUUAUGUUCGUUUGACACGUGCUUCAUAUAAUUCUAGCGACAAAUUGCCAAUUUUUAGAAUAAAUACAAUUUUUUUAAAUGCUCUAAAUAAAAUUCAACUAAGCGGUGAGAUGUUCAUCAGAGGUCCACCGAAGAAUGGUGAGAAUGUGCCAACAUUAAUUCGAAUGAAUAAAGAAAAGUUCGAAUAUAUAAUAGAUUUAUCCGAAAUUGCUGGGCGGUACUACAAACUGCACCCAGACAUCACCCGUAGUAUGUCUGUUAGUAUUCCAGUGUCAUAUUCUGAUCGGAAAACGUUAAUUGAUGAAGCUUUAAAACGGAAU